UCUCGCUCCCUUUGCAGGAUGAGCCAGCUCAGCUGUGGAUCUGGGAAGAGCACAGCUCAGCCGCUGCAGGGCCAGAGGCAUUCCAGGCUGACGGAGGAGACUCCCGCAGCCACCCUCCCCGCGGCAAAGGCGCGCAGAACCUCAGCCCUGGGGCCCAGCUGAGGCAAGCUUCCCCGAAACCAGUGCCUAGCCUACAGAGAAGAACAUUUUAGUCUUGAUGAAUGCUGUAACUAAUCAUUAUAUUGGAUAAGCAAGAGAAGACACAGAGCGGUAGUUUUAACUGGGGAAUAACAAAGAGUAAUAAUUUUCACACUUUUUGAUGGGAACAUAUAACCAGACGUGGGUGAGUGAAUUUAUUCUCCUCGGCCUAUCCAGUGACUGGGACAUUCAAGUCUCCCUCUAUGCCCUGUUCUUGGUCAUGUACCUGGUCACGGUGCUGGGGAACUUUCUCAUUGUUCUUCUGAUCAGACUGGACAGCCAACUCCACACUCCCAUGUAUUUCUUUCUCACCAAUCUCUCCCUUGUUGAUGUCUCUUAUGCUACAAGCAUAGUCCCUCAGAUGCUGGUGCAUUUUCUUGCAGAACAUAAAGCAAUCCCAUUUCUGAGUUGUGCAGCUCAACUAUUUUUCUCCCUGGCCUUGGGUGGCAUUGAAUUUGUUCUACUGGCAGUGAUGGCUUAUGACCGCUAUGUGGCUGUGUGUGACCCUCUGCGAUAUUCAGCCAUCAUGCAUGGAAGACUGUGUAGCAGUUUGGCCAUCACAUCCUGGGUCAGUGGAUCCAUCAACUCCCUCAUGCAGACUGCCAUCACGUUUCAGCUGCCCAUGUGCAAUAACAAGUUUAUUGAUCACAUAUCAUGUGAACUUCUAGCAGUGGUCAGACUGGCCUGUGUGGACACCUCUGCCAAUGAAGUUGCCAUCAUGGUCUCCAGCAUUGUCCUGCUUAUGACUCCUUUUUUCCUGGUUCUUUUGUCCUACAUCCAGAUCAUCUCCACCAUCCUAAAGAUCCAGUCCACAGAAGGAAGGAAGAAAGCCUUCCACACCUGUGCUUCCCACCUCACAGUGGUUGCCCUGUGCUACGGCAUGGCCAUUUUCACCUACAUCCAGCCCCAUUCUGAGCCUUCCGUUCUUCAAGAGAAGCUGAUCUCUCUUUUCUAUGCCAUUCUGACACCCAUGCUGAACCCCAUGAUUUACAGUCUGAGGAAUAAGGAGGUGAAGGGGGCCUGGCAGAAACUUUUGGGGCAAUUCUCUGGAUUAACAUCAAAACUGGCAACCUGAUGACUCAUGAGCAUCACUUAGAGACAUGAGCUUUGCUUCAGUGUUCUCCACCCAACUCAGAUGUGAUAAGAAUCAGAUGAAUUGCCUUGGCAACCAGGGAGAGGAUGAUAUACUGGUGAACUUAGGUAGGAGGCUGAGUGACUGUAUUGGGAGGUGGAUGUGGAUGUAUUUUUAUGUCAUAGCAGCCUCUUUCAUGGAGUGAAGCACUGCUGUAAUAAAACUUCCCACAUUUAUGCACUCUCCAUUUCUAUGACCUGACAUUAUUAGAAAAAAUAUUACUGCUUUGAUUUGUCAUGUUGUACGUGAUCAUGGAAAUCUUCAUGUAUAUUACUUUGGAAUAUACAUGGCUUAUUCCUUGUACAUUGGAAUAUAUCUGCUACUAAUACAUCCACGUUUUGGAAAAGCUUCUGGAGUCUCCACUGGCAUUCGAAUGCAUUUCCACAUAAUUUGUGGAGUAUGUAACCACCUCCAGUAACUGUGUGUAGUCAAUAUUUGUACGAGAGUGUUUGUUGUCAAUGCUGAUUAAAAUGUUUUUGAGGUGGAUCUUCAAAAUGUGGACAUCAUGACUUUCUUUGAGUGCUUGCAUUAAUUCAGCAGAGAAAUUCAAUUAAAGAAUUUUCUUACCCUGACUGUGUUAUAAUCAGUGAUUUAUUUUUGUACUUAAGGCUAUUAUUAUUAUUUGCCAAGGAAAAGUGAACUUUCUGGCACUGUUCGUUACCAAUCAGAGAUUGAACGGAAUUUUACUGUAUACAGAAAGGCUAUCAUUUAAAUUGUUAAAGCCGUAAAAUCUCGAAAAAAAUAAACUCUGCAAUUUCAGACAAAAAAUGAACAUGCAAAUAUGAGAUAAUGUGUAAAGUAUCCACCAAAGAAGUUAAUCUAAGAAAGGAGAGAUAUUUGAAUCAUAGCCAGUGAAAGUUAAGAAAAUUUAAAUAUGGAUUUGUGAGUACCAGGAUAAGUGACUCAGCUGUGCAAAUGUUACUCUCAAGUUUCCGUAUCAAGUACUUUGCCCAACUUCCUCACAUAUACACAACAGGACCCUAGUGAACUUAAAGGUCUAGGCUUGCCUGGGAUUGAAACUUACCUCUUUGGUAAUGCCUGCAUAAUGCAUAAUAUAAAGAGGAAAUAACUGAAAAAGUGAUAAGGAAGAGGAAAGAGGAGAAAGAAAGUAAUAGGUAGUCUUCUCACUCCUUUGAAGGGGUCUGAGUUUCCCUUUCUCUCUUUACUCCCCAAAGAGCCACAAUGGCUAGAGCUGGGCCGGGCCAAAUCCAGGAGCCAGGAGCUUCACCUGGGUCUCCCACAUAGUUGUAGGGGUCUAAAUAUUUGGGUCAUCCUCUAUGCUUUCCCUAGGGGCCCUCUUAGAGAGUUGGAUGGCAAGUGGAGCAGCUGGGAUCUAUAUGGUGCCCAUAUAGGAUGACUCCUUUUGCAAGUCACAAUGACCAACCCAAGACUGACUUUCCAAUAAAUGGUAACGAACAAUUAGAUGUCCAUAAGCAAAAAGGAAUUUUGAAUCCAGACCUUGAACCAUAUUCAAAAAUUAAAAUGGGUCUUAGAAUCAAAUGACAUGCUCAAUUGGACUUGCCCCAAAUGGGAGAGUUAGAAAUGAGCUAGGGGAUUCCAAUUCAAUCUCAUCAAGGUGGCAUGUACCAAUGACAUCUCACUAACCAAAGUCAUCAGUUUCAGUUCACAAUUGAUCAUAAUGAUAGGAUUAAGAGUCAAAGGGAUCACAAAAACAAGACUAGUGUCUGCUAAUACUAACUGAUAGAAUUAAAAAAGAGAGAACGAUCCAACAUGGGAAGCAGGAUACACAGCAGACUCAUAGAAUGCCAGAUGUCCUAAACAGCACUCUGGCCUCAGAAUCAGCCUUUAAGGCAUUCAGAUCUGGCUGAAUUUUCCAUGAGAGUAUUUCAGGCAUGGAAAGCCAAGACACUCUGACCACAAAAACAAAAAAAAA